GUGGACCUCCAUCCUCCUCCUCAUUCUCCCUCUCUCGUUCUCUCCUCGUUUGCCUCUCCUCCUCUCACCACCACUCCUCUGCUCUGUCUUCUCUCUCCCCGUUCCUCUCCCUCCGACGGACACGCAGGCUCGAGCAACACUGCAGCAGAGCAUGCACCAGGAAGGAUAGCAGCAGCAUCAUCAUCAUCAGCAGCAGCAGCAGCAGCAGCAGCAGCAGCAGCAGCAGCAGCAGCAGGCGGACUGAUUUUCCAUCCACCCCCCUCUGCCUCGCAUCUUCCUCAUCACCAAUUCCUGCUUUUGUACCUUCCGCAUCUUUUUCCCCUUUUUCCUCUAAAAAGCCCUCGUCCUCCCUCCUCUCCAUUCUUCCAUCUCCUCUUCACACCUCUCUCUCUCCUUCCGGCUUGGCUGUGGUUUCCCAGGAUGCCUUGUUCCAGUCCGCUUCGCUAGGCCCCAGCAGCAUGGGCGGAGCCUGGGCGGGGAGAGAGAGCACGGUUUGGACCCUUCCCUUCAGGACGGGCGCGCUGGCGGGUCACCCUCCCUCGGCUUCAGAUGGGCGAGGACACUGAGAGCUCCAAAAUCAACCACACCUUCCUGCGAGACUACGUCACUGAAGCUGAUGUCAUCUCUACAGUGGAGUUUAACCAGACAGGGGACCUGCUGGCCACAGGGGAUAAAGGUGGCCGAGUGGUCAUCUUCCAGAGGGAGACCGAGUCCAAAGGGGAGACCGAGGAGUUAGGGGAGACGGGGGACUCCGGGGAGUACAACGUCUACAGCACGUUCCAGAGCCAUGAGCCGGACUUUGACUACCUGAAGAGUCUGGAGAUUGAGGAGAAGAUCAACAAGAUCAGAUGGCUGCCGCAGCAGAACGCAGCACACUUCCUCCUCUCCACCAAUGAUAAGACCAUUAAACUGUGGAAGGUGAGUGAGAGAGACAAGAGACCAGAGGGAUACAACCUGAAAGAUGAGGAGGGACGGCUGAAGGACAUCUCUACCAUCACCUCUCUGCAGGUGCCAGUGCUCAAACCCACAGAUCUGAUGGUGGAGGUCCGCCCCAGACGAGUGUUCUCCAAUGGACACACUUACCACGUCAACUCCAUCUCAGUCAACAGUGACGGGGAGACGUACCUGUCCGCUGACGACCUCCGCAUCAACAUGUGGCACCUGGGCAUCACGGACCGCAGCUUCAACAUUGUGGACAUCAAACCAGCCAACAUGGAGGAUCUGACGGAGGUGAUAACAUCCGCAGAGUUCCACCCUCACCACUGCCACUUGUUUGUGUACAGCAGCAGCAAGGGCUCGCUGCGCCUCUGUGACAUGAGAUCGUCUGCACUCUGUGACAAACACACCAAACAGUUUGAGGAACCUGAGGAUCCAGGGAGCCGGUCCUUCUUCUCAGAGAUCAUUUCUUCUGUGUCGGACGUCAAGUUCAGCCACAACGGACGCUAUCUGCUGACCAGAGACUACCUCACCGCCAAGGUGUGGGACCUGAACAUGGACAAGGGCCCAGUGGAAACGUACCAGGUCCACGAAUACCUGAGGAGUAAGCUGUGUUCCCUCUACGAAAACGACUGCAUCUUCGACAAGUUUGAGUGUGUGUGGAACAGCUCAGACAGCGUGAUCAUGACAGGGGCGUACAACAGCUUCUUCCGGAUGUUCGACCGGGAAACGGGCCGAGGCGUCACCCUGGAGGCGUGGCGGGAGAGCAGCAAGCCUCGGGCCGUGCUGCGGACGAGGCGGGUCUACACCGGUGGCAAGCGGCGCCGUGGGGAUGUGGGCGUCGAUAGUCUGGACUUUACAAAAAAGAUCCUGCACAUGGCCUGGCACCCGUCUGAGAACAUCAUCGCCAUAGCAGCCACCAACAACCUGUAUAUCUUCCAGGAUCGCGUCAACCCGGAGACACAGUGACGGGGGAGG